UGAAAGUGAUGCGUUGUGUCGUCAAGCAACCAGAGCACGAACACUGACUGCUGGUUCACAGGCUGUGCACUCACACCGACAUAACAGCGAGAUUUCAGCGCCGGAUAUUAGCAAACGUGGCCAGACAUUCACCGCUUGCCCUUCAGAGAGGUCUCCAAUGGCUGAAAACCCGUCUGUGUUGCUGUGACAGUGAGCAGAAGGGAAGCUACCCCUAUAUAUCUCUCUCUCUCUCACACACACACACACACGGGAAACGUCAUCAGCAUUUUCCUGUAGUUAAAUGGUCGAGACCGAGGAGGUCACUGGAGAAAAAACGAGGAUUAAAAAAAAAAAAAACCAAACGAUAUUCAGAGAAAUCAAGGAAUUUUUAAAAUAAGGAGUCAACAUAUACUGGAUUAGGCUUCCUAAAUGGGGGAUUACAGUUUUGGAGUCCUGGUUAAAAACAACACGUCUAACAAAGCCGUCUUCCCGGUCAGAAUACACCCGCACCUGCAACAUCCGGUCCACCAGCCUUCAAGUCCACCUGCUUUCAUAAACAGUAAUACUCCAAGCAGUGGUGGAAAUGCUGGCUCUGCUUGGCUUUUCCCUGCUAUAACAGCUCAUGCUAAUACACAAGAUGAGAUACUGGAGUCUGACAAAGCCAAGGCCCAACAGCAGCAACAAGAAGACCAAGAACUACAGGAAAAGCGACCUCGUACACCUCAGGGCCACCAAGAAACGGUGAGCAUCAUGUCUGAACUGGAAAGCGGCAUGCCAGAGGAAGGUCAGCUGGACAAGGGGGCUGUAGAAAAUGGCAAUGGAAAAGAAGGUCUGCGAAUCGAAUCUCCUGUGUUAUCGGGUUUUGACUACCAAGAACCAGCUGGCAUUGGGACAUUGGCACAGUCCAGCAGCUCCUCUUUGCCCGGCUUCAGCAGCUGGUCCACAGCUAUUCCCACCAACCCUUCUGCCAUGAUGGAAGAGGUGGGUUUCUUUAGCCAAACCGCCACUACUGCUAACACUGCCCCUCCAUUGCUGUUCCAAAACUUCUCUCAUCACGCAAGUCCUGGGUUUGGAGGGAGUUUUUCCCAUCAGAUUGGCCCACUGUCCCAACACCACCAUCCUCCUCCACACUUCCCGCACCCCCACAAUCAGCACCAGCAGAAUCGCAGGUCCCCCGCCAGUCCACACCCUCCUCCCUUUAACCACCGCAAUGCUGCGUUCAGCCAGCUGUCUCAUUUGGGGAAUAACCUAAAUAAACCGCCUUCGCCAUGGGGAAAUUAUCAGAGCCAAUCCUCCACCCUUUCCUCCAGUUCCUGGAGUCCAGGUGGAGGUUAUGGAGGAUGGGGAGGCUCUCAGGGGCGAGAAUACAGACGAGGACUGAAUGGAGGCAUGACUGCAAUUAACUCCAUUUCACCACUGAAGAAAUCCUUCCCAAACAGCCAGUCUUCGUCACAGAAGUAUGCUCGCAAUAGCUCAAGCUUCAACCCCAAACCAUGGAUGGAGGAUAGCAUAAACCGCAAUGACAGCUUCUUUCCUUUUCAGCAGGAGCGCAGUCGGUCCUUUGAUGGCUUCAGCAUGCACUCUCUGGAGAACUCACUGAUUGACAUUAUGAGAGCUGAGCAGGAUUCUUUGAAAGAGGCCGCUCUCGUACUGCAUGAUGACGGCGGACCCUCCUCAGCCGCUCCUGCAACGGACGCAACCAGGAAAACUAUUGGUCGCUUUGGCUUUUCCCAUCCACCUGAGGAAGGCUCUCUCUCUGGGAAUGCAAGGAAUUAUGGAAGACGACGAGGUCCGUCAUCCCUGUUCCCCAUGGAGGAUGAGCGCAGUUUUGGGGAUGAUGAGAGGUCUGAGCAGAGUCUUGGUGGUCUGGGUUCCCCACACUGCUUUCCUCAUCAGAAUGGUGAGCGUAUUGAGCGCUACUCUCGCAAAGUGUUCGUCGGUGGACUACCUCCUGAUAUAGAUGAAGAUGAAAUAACGGCUAGUUUCCGUCGGUUUGGACACUUGUUUGUGGAUUGGCCUCACAAAGCAGAGAGUAAGUCCUACUUUCCACCAAAAGGUUAUGCAUUCCUACUGUUUCAAGAGGAGAGCUCAGUGCAGGCGCUGAUAGAUGCCUGCAUGGAGGAGGAUGGGAAGCUCUACUUGUGUGUGUCAAGCCCCACCAUCAAAGACAAGCCUGUACAAAUCCGUCCAUGGAAUCUGAACGACAGUGAUUUUGUAAUGGAUGGGUCUCAGCCUCUGGACCCCAGGAAAACCAUCUUCGUUGGAGGAGUGCCUCGACCUCUUCGAGCAGUGGAGUUGGCGAUGAUUAUGGACAGGCUGUACGGAGGGGUGUGUUAUGCUGGCAUUGACACUGACCCUGAGCUGAAAUAUCCUAAGGGAGCCGGACGUGUGGCCUUCUCCAACCAGCAGAGCUACAUUGCUGCUAUCAGCGCUCGAUUUGUGCAGCUGCAGCAUGGCGAAAUUGAUAAACGGGUCGAAGUGAAGCCAUAUGUCCUGGAUGACCAGCUGUGUGAUGAGUGCCAGGGCACACGUUGUGGGGGCAAGUUUGCACCCUUCUUCUGUGCCAAUGUCACCUGUCUGCAGUACUACUGUGAAUACUGCUGGGCAGCCAUACAUUCACGUGCAGGGCGAGAGUUCCACAAGCCCCUGGUGAAGGAGGGAGGAGACCGGCCUCGCCAUAUCUCCUUCCGCUGGAACUGACCCGGCACACAGGAUGACUGACCUAGCAUACAUGCACUUUUAUUUUUUUGGUUACAUUCUUUUUAUUUAGAUUUAUUUUUAAAGUCUGAAAUUUAAUUUAUUCUAAGUUUUUAAUUUUUGGAAAUAAUGACGAUAAAAGAAGUGUAAUCUCAGUUGUUUAAUUUUUUUAUUUUUUUUUGCCGGACCGCCAAAUAGGUCGGCCAAGAAUAGUAAAUAUCCCUAACUGAUUGAAUGACUGACUAAUCGAUUCCUUAUUGUUGAAUCACGCAUGCAAAAGAUCUUAAAGGGUUCUCACGCGGUGUAGAUGCAGAUUUUUGGUUUGGACUGGUAUUAUGAACAAUUAUUUAUUUAUUUGCCGAUGCUGCAAUAUUCACUUGGGAAAAAAAAUAAUUUAAAAGCACUGCAUGCAGCAAUAAAUAGCUGCUAUACAUCGGUACUCUGCUAAUCACAGGCAGAUACAUACACUUAAACCGGUGAAUAACAUCCAAGAAUGAUUGUUGUCUUUGGUGUGUGUUGACUAACAGCUAACAGGGCUAAGUUUACAACUAAGACAUGAACAUAUCCUAUAUCUCAGUCAAACUAGGUAUUAUGAAAUCGAUUCAAGCUUAGAUUUCCCAAGAUCAAAUUUGAUCCUUUCACCACUGUAUAGCCAUGGUGAUAGACUUAGCAUAAUGUUUUUGGUAACACUGAUCAACAUACUGUAGCUAAUAACAGCUGUUCAGUUAGAAAAACACUAGAAACCUGGAAUAGGCCAAGCAACAUGAUAUAUAGGAGCUAUAUUCCUAUAUUUCCAUGAUCUACAUUUGACGUCACAUACAUUUUAGAUAAGAUAUUUACCUGAAGCGUGAAAUGAUUUCUUGGUCUCAUUGACAUUCAACAUGGAGGAAGCGAGAGGUCACCUUGAACCUGCAUACACAAGUUGACCAGGACGUCAUUUAUCACCCUGUUGGCUGCGUUUGCGGUCCGGCUAACCAAGAUUAAUGAAGUUUUAAUUUAAUGAACGUCUUAAUUUGGUGUGCAUGAAAACUUGAAUGCUUUAGACUUCUCAAUAUAGGUGUUUAGAGUGACUUGACUCUAAAUUGCUGUUUUACUUUUAUCAUUCUACUGUUGAGACCUUGCCUUUUUGUUGUGAUGGGUCGCAUUUAGGACAUGGACAGAACUACACUUUAAAAAAUAAAAAAAUAAAAAGUAGUUGACUCGGUAGAGAAAACAGGCAGGAUCAUUAAAGGUGCACAUUUCACUGUAAUUUAAAAAUAAUUAAUGAAUGAACAUGGUGUUGACUAGUUUUGAGACCGCAAGCUCAAAUAGUUGCACAAAUAAACACAUGUAGAAACUAUUCUAGCAAGAAACACUCGGACCUUACUAGCAAGAGACCAAACCUACUGUAAAACUAACAAGAUGCAGGUUUUUAAAAGGCUGUUUGAGCAUCACUGGCAUGUUUAGGUGGAAUUGCGUUGGCCACUGAGGCAGAUAUACUGCUAAUAGUCUAGAUAAAUAUGCAUAUUAAUUUCACUCACUGCAGGCACUUGCAAUCACUUUAACAUGAUCAUCUUGGAUUAUACUCACAUGACGUGCUCAGUAUAUGUCUAAAGAUCUCAAGGAGUAAGCACACGCUUGUGUUGCCUGUUCCACAGGUCAGACUGACCAAAGAUAAGCCUUAGAGAUAACAAAUGUCUUGACCUCCCUGAAAUUACUGUUGUGCAACGCAAGUAGGGCAGACUAGUGUUCGUCAUUUGAUUGAAAAAAAAACACAUCUAAUAAGAUUACUUAAGAAUAAUUAUGCUUGUGAUGGUAACAGCAGUAACAUUGCUCACUUGUCAGGGAAUUUGUGCAAAUAUUGUAGUGCUAAUGAGAAUUACCAUGUGGUGUAUUGAUAGUGCUUUAUUGCAUGUUUUUUCCCCAAGAGUUUUUUGCCGUUCUAAUUGAGCAGUGUAGUAGCUGAACGCAUUUUGAAGAAUUUUCUGUCACAGAGAAACGGAUAUUGUUUUAUACAUGGUAUGCUAAUUUUUGUACUGUGUUUUCUAGAUGGUUAUUUUCUCAUUAACAUAAACAUAUGCACUACUUUUUCUAUAUAUUGUUGUUUUUUUUUCCCCCCCCCCAAGUCAUUUAGGCACUUUUUUUUCCACAAACAAAAUGUCUUUUUGCAAUACCUCAUUUUUUGUUUUUCAAUUGUUGGGUAUAGAUUUUGUACCUUUGUUAUGAAGACACAUGGAAAAAAGGCAAGAAUUAAGAAAGUAAAAAAAAAAAAAAGGUCAUUAAUAAUUUUAAGUUAAGCUUUUUUUAUAUAUAUAUAAAUAUAAUCGCAGGAAUAAAUAUUGACAUAUAAAAAGGAGGAAAUCUUGAAAUUUCAAAACACUUUUAGAAAUAUAUAACACACCAACCUGCUAUUGAUAAUGAAACUGAUAUUACUCCUCAUUAGUGAUUGUGGAAAUAAAAUUACGAGCAAUGUAAAUAAGGUUUACGAUAGACUGUACUUUGUACCACAAUUAGGAAUGUUCCAUCGUGAAAUAUCAAUGCUUAUCGCUAUAGAAGUAUAUAAGUGUGCAUGUACAUUACCAGUCAAAAGUGUGGACACACCUGCUCAUACGUUAUUUCAAUUACGGACUAUUUUCAAAUGAUGAUAAAAAAUGAACACACAUGGAAUUAUGUAGUGGCAAAGAAAAAAGUUUUAAACAAAUCAAAACUAUUUUAUAUUUGAAAUUCCUACACAACAUUCCUGAUCUUGUACACUCCAGGCAUCUUCUCGACCCGCUUUACGAAGCUCCUAAAUCGGCCGAUCCCCUCACCGAGUCUCCAAAAUGCAAAAUAAAUACUACUCUUUAUUUUUUUCGGAGGAACCAUUUUAUUUAAUAUUUAAGUAAAACUACUUAUUAAAAUGUAUAUUUUGAUUCAGAAAUCUAUCUGAGUCCUUAACUUUAACAUUUGUCUUAGAAACGAUUUUCAGCAAUUUUUUUUUUAUUAUUAUUAUUUUUUUUUAAUCAAAACAUCUUCAAGAUGAAUGUAAAAUAUCUAUUCACCUUACUGUUGUGCAAACUUUUGACUGGUAGUGUAUACACGUUAUAAUAAAUAUAAACCCGAAUGCAAGAAAGGCUAAUGUAUGAAUAUUAAUAUGCAUGAGAUAAAUUUAAGCUAAUAUGGUAUGAUAUGGCUUCAGUAAAAUUACAAUCAUGUUUUAUGUAACUUCUUCCAACCUCACUGAAUUAUAGCUUUCUUGUUCUCAAGAUGGGUAAACUCCAAUAUUAGCUCUCGCCAAUAUACUCCAACAUUCAGAAUCUUUUUAUUUUCCUUUUUCAUAAAGCCCACAGUGAUUCGGGCCUCUGAGACUUGAAUGUGAUACAUCUUGCGAAAUAACCUCAAAUUAUGUGCAAUAUGGUUAUCUCUCCAAAACCAAUCUCUGCAGUGUAUUUCUUGAGUUGCUCACACACCCACCUCCUCUCAUUAUAACCUUUUCUUCAUUCUCUGAUUUGUACUAAAAUGCCACUAUGUGUAAAAAGAAAAAAACAACAAAAAAGGUUAUUUUUUACUUUUUGUGUAUUCACAUAUUUUCCUACUUAAUUUUAUGCUACUGUGAUUAAAAUAAUUGUAAAUAUUCGGUGAAGAACGUAUGAAACGUUAUAUUUUCAAUUGGAAUGUUGAACUUUUGUCAUUCGAACAUAACUAGCGAUUGGUAAAACGGUACGCUUAUUAGAAUUUCAAGUUUUAUUAAUCACAAUAUUGUGCAUCAUGUCUACAGAAAAAUAAGAAAAGUAUCAGAAUAUUCUUGGUGUAACUGCUAAUUUAAAUUGACAUAGUUUAUAACUAUCAGAAGGUUGUAUUUAUCAAUAGAUUUUUAUAAGAGGUCUAAUUUUUUGCUAUGCCAUUUAUAAGUUUAGAUUUUCUUUUUUUUAUAUAUAUUUUACCACCGUAUGGAAUUGAGGGAAAGAAAUCAUUGUUUUAUAGUUGGGUUAGUCAGUGUGCUGUUGUAGUUGAGUCCAAUGUCUUAAUUAUUUGCAGCCAGCUAUUUAUAACAGUAUGCCUAAUUUUUAAGUAUUUGUAUUGUGAAAUGUUGAAUGAAUAAACUUAAUAGCAAGAA